GAAACCUGAGAUCUUGCAGUUCAUCAGACAGCUUCAGCAAAGUGAUGCCGCCAAGAAAAAAAAGGCGACCUACAACGGGAGAUGAUCUGACAGCUAAAAAAAGUAGACACGAUGGCGUGUACAGAAAAUAUGAUUCUACCAGAAUAAGGUCAGAAGAUGAUAUGUUUUCAAGUAAAAGGUGUUUAGAAUGGUUCUAUGAAUAUGCAGGGACAGAUGACGUUGUGGGUCCUGAAGGAAUGGAGAAGUUCUGUGAGGACAUAGGGGUUGAGCCAGAAAACGUAGCCAUGCUUGUGUUGGCUUGGAAAUUGGAUGCUCAGAAUAUGGGCUAUUUUACACUGCAAGAAUGGCUAAAAGGAAUGACAUCCUUGCAAUGUUUUUCUUCUUCAAAGUUAAAACUUCAAAGUUUUAAUACUUUGAAUUUCCUGCUUUCCUUUUUGAACAAUUCAUUUCAGUCUCGCGUUUUGAAUAACUGCUAUUUUUGUUUUAAGUAGCAAUCUAAGUACAAAGUUAUCAACAAGGACCAAUGGUGCAAUGUUCUGGAAUUCAGCCGAUCCAUUAAUCUUGACCUCAGCAAUUAUGACGAAGACGGAGCAUGGCCAGUGUUGCUGGAUGAAUUUGUGGAGUGGUAUAAAGAGAAACAAAUGACAUAGGAAUUUUAACUAUGCACAGCUGCUCAAGAGCCUUUGUACUACAGUUAAUGUCAACCAUUAGCCAUAAACUUCUCUUUGUAUAUAAAGCGCAUGAGGCUUUUCCUGCACUGUAUCCCAUUUUCAGGGAUUUUUUGGGGGGGUGUUUGCUGUUUAACAGGCCAGCUCUGCUUGCUGUGUACCAUUGUUCUCUCCGGAAGGCUGCUUUGCAUUUUGUCUCUACACUACAGAUGGUGAAUUUGCCAGCAUCCUCACUGUGACUAAUGUGAAUAUUGAUGUCUAAACUUUGUAUAUGUGUAUAAAAAAAAAAAAGCUUCAUCUAGGAAUGAUUUCAGCAGGAAAGGUAUUAUAAAAAAUAAUUUUGUCACAUUCAGGUAACCAUGUAACUUAAUUUUUAAUUGGUCUCGGGCAUAGCACUUCAGGGAAAGGGAUGUGGGAGGAGGAGUUUGCCUAGGUGGAACUAUUGCUGGUUUAGUAAUAGUUGUUUUAGGAUGCCAGUUUUUGAAGAAAAAUCUUGCAGAAUGGUUUCCUUGCCAGUUGCCCAACUUCAUUUUUAUUUAAUAAGCAAUUAUUGGCUACCGUUUUAAUUGAAGCUCUUAAAGAACUUGUUACAGCUUGAACAGAGUUGUACAUGCCAUUUUCCCUUUGGCGAUGAUGCUGAUGUCCUUAUAGUCAGAUGCUGUAAUUUGCAAAGAGGUUCAGGUUAAUCGAAUUAAACAUCUGAUUAAAAAGGGUUUUAGACUUGUAAACGUGGCAUAUUCUUUUAUUUUACUAUUAUUGUUCCCAGAGUGUUUUGAUGAUCUGGAUAAAGACAGAAUGAAGUCUUGUUUCAAAACACAGCCUAAAUGUAUGAAUAUAUUUUCAGAGACUGGAAUCAAAGCUUAGCCUGAAAAUUCGGCAUGGCUGCAUUUAUGUUCCAGGGAUUGAAUUUCCUGGCAAAAUGCCAAUUACAAGCAACAUCUACUUUAAUCAAGCAGCAUCACUAUUUAUUUGGGAUCAUUUUAUCUGUUUGGACUGGAAAGUUCAAAGAAGUAGAUGAAUGAAGUAACUUCCUGUGUCACCUUUUCAUCAGUCUUCAUAAUACAGUUCAAUGUACAUUUCUUUUUUU